GAAAAUAAGGUAGUAUUUUACAUACUAUUGAUUAUAAAAUAAACUAUAGAUGACAUGUAUGGCCAGCAGCAUAGAGCCACAACAGUAAGCAAUAAAACCCGCUCGGCCCAGCAUUACAGUGGGACCCGCCAUCAUUAGGAACCUUUUCCCAAAUAGUGCCGUGUGCAUGGGAGCUUGCUCACUGGCCAGGCCAGUCCAGUCCAGUUCCUCCUCGCUGGAGCCUCUGCUACACUCCAGACCCCAGAGACCCACCCCACCCACCCACCAUUAAUUUCCACAAAAAACGCAAAUCUCAACGCCCAGCCGUAUAGAACAAAAACUUUGCACUUGGCACUGAACCCGACCCAACCCCCAGAAGUUUAUUCAGCCGCGAUUUUUGUGCUGGGAAGAAAAAUAUAGCAGGGAGAAAAUAUUCGUUCCGCUCUGGCUCUGGGGCUCGGCUCACCACCCCCAUCCCACCGCAUCUCAAGCUCACCCCACUCCCCUCUCACUCUAGCGGAGCUGCUGGUGCUCUGCUCCCGGCGGCACGGCGAGAUGCGGGGACAGAUCUCGCGGUGCCUCGUCCUCCUCGCGCUGGCCGGGCUGCUGCUGGCGCUCCUCCCGCCGCCGGCCGCUGCCGUCGACGUCCAGGCGGUGCUCGCGCCGUUCCCCGACCUCGCCGGCUUCGCGCGCCUGCUCGCGUCCAGCCCCGUGGCCCGGGAGCUGGCCGGGCGGUCCUCGCUCACGCUGCUCGCCGUGCCCAACGCCGACCUCCCGCAGUCGCCCUCGGCGUUCGCGGCCGCCGCGGGGGCCGACCUCGCCGACGUGCUCCGCUACCACGUCCUCCUCGAGUACCUCUCCCCCGCCGACCUCCGCCGCCUCCCGGCCUCCGGGAAGCUGGUCACCACGCUGUUCCAGACCACCGGCCGCGCCUCCGCCGACCUCGGCGCCGUCAACGUCACGGCCGCCGGGCCCAGCCUGGGCGUCGUCCGCUCGCCGGCGCCCUUCCCCGGGUCCAACGCCACCGUGCUCGGCUCCGUCACCUCCGUGCCGUACAACCUCAGCGUGCUCGCCGUGGACGGCCUCAUCGUGCCGUCCGGCUUCGACCUGGCGGCCUCCGAGUCCCGGCCCGCGGCCGCCGUCAACAUCACCCGCGUCCUCGCCGACGCGCGCGGGUUCAACGUGGCGGCGUCCAUGCUGGAGGCCUCGGGCGUGGUGGAGGAGUUCGAGGGCGACGAGCGCGGGGCGGGCAUCACGGUGUUCGUCCCCACCGACGACGCCUUCGCCAGCCUCCCCGCCGGCGACCGGCUCCAGUCCCUCCCGGCCGACCGCAAGGCCGUGGUGCUCCGCUUCCACGUCCUCCACUCCUACUACCCGCUGGGGUCCCUGGAGUCGAUCGUGAACCCGCUGCAGCCCACCCUGGCGACCGAGUACGCCAGCCAGGCCGGGCGCUUCACCCUCAACAUCACCCGCUCCAACGGCUCGGUGGCCAUCGACACCGGCGUCGUCCAGGCCACCAUCACGCGCACCGUGUUCGACCAGAACCCCGUGGCCGUCUUCGCCGUCUCCAAGGUGCUGCUCCCAAAGGAGAUGUUCACCAAGACCGACUCGUCCGCCAUCGUCGCGGCGGCCCUGGCGCCCCCGCCGCCAGCCGCCUCGAACUCGAUGCCACCGGAGCCGCCCGGGAGCGCGCGGACUCCACCGACGAAGCUGUCGUCGCCGCCCGCGCUGCGCGGCAACGGCACCAACGGCACCACGGCGUCAUUGCCGCCGGCAUCGUCGUCUUGGGCAAAGGGAACAUCAGUUGGGUGGAGGUGUAUAGCAUUCUUGUAUCUACUACCAGUACUGCUGCCCCUGGUAUGAUGAGAUCCGGUGGUGAGCUAGUCCAUUGCCGUCUCUCCUUGCUGAGAGCUCAAUUCUUUUUUUCUUUUUCUUUUUUGCUUGCUUUGGUUACUACUCCCUCCGUCCGGAAUUACUUGUCCCAACGAGGGCUAGAGGUGGAGGGAGCACUAUUGUUUCUUCUUUGCUGCCGCUUACUAGGAGUGAAGCUGCUGCUGUACACAAUGGGAUUUGGAAAGGGGAAAUGAGGGCUAGCGGUGAAGAGACAGAGAGAUUGAGCUGCGAAACAAAGCUCAAAGCAGCGUUGUUUUUACUGCCCGCGUCAUGCUGAAAAGGGGGAAAUGAUCGCACCAUCAUGUAAAGAAAGAAUCACAUCACACGCGACCAGUUAAAUGUUUGGUACUGCCA